AUGAUAAUUAAAAGAACUCAUUAUUCAUUAAGAUUUAAACAUUUUAUUCCAUUAAUAUCAUAUCCUUCUAUUAAUAUGAUAAAUUCAAUUUAUAACUAUUUCUUUAAUUAUAAUAAACCAUUACAAAAUCAUCAUUCUAAUUUUUCAACUGCAUCUCAAAUUAAUGAUUAUUUACCUUCAGAUAUUUCAUCAAAUUUUAAUCCUAAAUUAUAUUCAUUAAUUCAACAAUUAGAUUCAAUAGCACCUAGAUUCCUUAUAAAUUCAUCAGAUAUUGAAAUUUUAAUGUCUCCCAAAGAUUUUUAUUCAACUUUAAAAGACAAAAUUAAAUCCUCAAAAGAUAGAAUUUUCUUAUCUUCUUUAUAUAUUGGUAAGAAACAAAUUGAAUUAAUUGAAUGUUUAGAUGAUGCUUUGACUACCAAUCCGAAUUUAAAAAUUUAUAUUUUAACUGAUGCUUUGAGAGGGACUCGUGAAUCGCCAAAUCAACCAUCAUCAGCAUCUAUUUUGACAACAUUACAAAAAAAACAUGAUUCAAGAAUUGAUAUUCGAAUGUAUCAUACUCCAAAUUUACAAGGCAUUACUAAAAAUAUCCUUCCCAAACGAUUAAACGAAGGUUGGGGAUUACAACAUAUGAAAUUAUAUGGAUUUGAUAAUGAAAUAAUUUUAAGUGGUGCUAAUUUAUCUCAAGAUUAUUUUACAAAUAGACAAGAUAGAUAUUACAUAUUCAAAGAUGAGAAAUUGACAAAUUAUUAUUUUAAAAUACAUAAGGUCAUCUCUUCAAUAAGUUAUAAAAUAAAGUAUAGUGAUACAUUAAAACAAGGAUUUAAAAUGGUAUGGCCAACUACUAAUCCCACAUGUGAACCACAUUUGAAUCUUCAAAGAUAUAUCAGUGAUGUUUCAUAUUUAAUAAAACCAAUACUACAACAAAAUAAAUUAUCAUCAUUUGAGCAAUACAACUACGAUAAUAGCAAUUUUGACACUUUAGUUUAUCCAAUUUCCCAAUUUACUCCACUUUUCCCUAAACUUCAAGAUUAUUCAACUGAAUUGCCUUCAAUUCUUCGAAUCUUGUCUUUUUUAAGUGAUCUGAAAAUUAAAUGGUGGUUCACGGCUGGAUAUUUUAAUAUGUUACCCACAAUUCAAUCCAAAUUAUUACAUGCAAGCUCAACAGGUAAAGUUAUAACUGCCCUGCCUAAAGCAAAUUCAUUUUAUAAAUCAAGUGGAAUUUCAUAUUAUUUACCAAUGGCUUAUUUGUUAUUUGCAAAAAAAUUUUUGGAGGAAAUUAAAAAAAUGGGUAAAGAAACAAUGAUUACUGUAUAUGAAUGGCAGAAUGGAAUUGUAAAUACAAUAAAUGGUUGGAGUUAUCAUGCAAAAGGAAUAUGGGUAAGUAUUCCAAAUGAAUCAGUUCCAAGUUUAACAAUCAUUGGUAGUUCAAACUAUACUAAACGUGCAUAUAAUUAUGAUUUAGAAAGUAAUGCAAUUGUCAUUACUAAAAAUGAAGAAUUAAAACAAAAGAUGAAAUUUGAAAUUGAUAAUUUGAUGAAAUAUGCUAAUGAGUUGACAUUAGAUGAUUUUCGACCAAAGAAACAAAAUCAAGUUGAAAAUGAUAAAGAGUUAGAUACUGUAGUGAUUAAAGAGACUUUAAAUGAUGAACAUCAACCAAAAUAUGAAAUUGAUGAAGAUAGAAAGAUUAGUUAUGGUGUUCAUUUAGCUGUAAAAUUAUUAGGUGGGAAAUUAUAA